UGUGUGAGAGCAGACUGGCGGCACAAGCAGUCAGCUAGCUAGCUUUAGUCUGUUUAUUGGCCUGGUGCUGACCAGUGUGCUUGGCUGCCAGUUGUCAUAGUAGUUGUGGAGGUGUAAUCGUGCGGCUGGCGGUGCUAAGGGAACGAGCGGGAAUCGUGUGCCGUAGUGAGUGCAGGUUGCUGGAGUGCGCCUGGGGAGCGCCUGUGCUUGCCGCCGUCGUGGGCAGGUCCGUCCAUCAUUGUUCGGCCACCCACCUGGGCUCGACCUCACCGAGGCAAAGGCAGACCAUUGUAGCUGUGCUACUGCUUUUGUUAUUUAUCAUUAUGACAUUCAGCAACGAGUAAUUAUUGUUAUCGUUUAUGAGUGGCGCUAAUGGUCGGCUUGUAGGUUCACAAAAGAAAGCAAAAGAACCCAACAAAAAGUGCGUUGUACUAGUGGUGCAAGACAGAACACAAACAACGGAAUUUUAGUGGAAGGUGAAACAACCUUUAAAGGAUACACAUUCAGUUAGAAAGAGCGACGACCAAUUCGGCCGGCAUUUUGUCGAGCGCACCCUUCUGUCGUAUCGGUCAAGUGCAAAUCAUAUGAUGCAGGCGAUAAAGUGUGUCGUUGUCGGCGACGGAGCCGUUGGUAAGACGUGUCUUCUGAUUUCCUACACCACGAAUGCCUUCCCAGGCGAAUACAUACCUACGGUAUUCGACAACUAUUCUGCGAACGUGAUGGUUGACGGGAAGCCCAUUAAUCUUGGACUCUGGGAUACUGCUGGUCAGGAAGACUACGAUCGACUACGCCCCCUAUCAUACCCGCAGACAGAUGUGUUCCUUAUCUGCUUCUCACUAGUUAAUCCCGCAUCGUUCGAAAACGUCCGUGCAAAAUGGUACCCAGAAGUCAGCCAUCAUGGUCCUAAUACACCGAUCAUUCUUGUGGGAACCAAGCUUGAUCUUCGAGACGACAAAGACACAUUGGAAAAGUUGCGGGACCGUAAACUCGCUCCGAUCACGUACCCGCAGGGUCUCGGAAUGGCCAAAGAGAUCACAGCUGUCAAGUAUCUCGAGUGUUCUGCUCUGACUCAAAAGGGCCUGAAGAACGUGUUCGAUGAAGCUAUCCGAGCCGUACUCUGCCCGCCUUAUAAGCCGACGAAGAAAAGGAAGUGCGUGAUUCUCUAGAACAAACGCCAUCUUUUACUCCAGGACAAAUUUCAACGUACUGUCGAACAGCAGAUAAACAAAGGAGUGAAUGUUCUAUAACAUUAACAAGAACUUCUUGCUGGCCAUCGCGACAGUCCGUCGUUUACGGAGUGGGAGGCUUCACAUCUUCAGCAAAGCAGCAGCAGCAGCAGCGGCAAAAUGUGACGGCGGAUAUUUCGAAAACAACAAUAGUGACAAUAAUAACUUUAACAACUAUUAUACAAUAAUUUCAAGAUGCGCAUCAAUCUGUAAUAGAAAGAGCAAUAAAUAUUGCGAUUGUUGCUCCAUGUAUAACCAUGUAUAAUCAGCCAUUUGUUGCGGCAAAUAACGCAAUUUGCACAUCAUCAUCACACUUUAUUUUAAGAUUAAGGUGCAAAUGAACAGGCAUGCAGAAGCUUAUACUUAUCCAUUUCAAGUUAUUGGCAGCGCUUCAAUCGACAACGAACGGCUUAUUUUUUGCCUGUAAACCUGAUACGAAGCCGGCGAUCUGAGUGAUCGUUGCCAGAAGCACAACGAAUUAAAACCAUCAGCAAGCUAUCAGGUUAUCAAGUUUACUAAUUCUACCUGUAUUUCUUGAAGAACGUAUGUGCAUAUAUAUAAUUGAACCAACUUCUGCAUGUUUGUGCUUCCGUUUUUCUCUCCUGCUAUCAACAACAAAAAAUGAGAUUCCCAGGAGGAAAGUAGUUAGCGUCCAGCAGCCUCGUAACUGACCCCUAUUCUUCUCAAACGCGGUUUGGCAAAGUUGAAUUUAGCUGCUCCGCAAAUGCACACGGUUUCUGUAUUACCUGAACGACUAGUACGGUUGUCGCCGAAGAAUACGAUGGUGAUCUAGAGAGAGUUCCACUUCCACAGCUUAUUAGAGCACAAACAUGGCAGAAGAAUUGUAGACAUAUGGAUCGUGGAAAGGGUUGUAAACGAUGGCAUUGUUUUUUCAAUAUUAACUCAAACGACAACACGGAGAGCAGAAUGAGAAGGGGAAAGAUUACCCAUCUGCUUAUCCUUAAGUCUACUGCCACAGGGUAUGUGGAAGUGUUGUAAGCAGGAGAAAGAUGGAUCGAUGCCGGCUAAAAGGAGACUUGUUGCUGCGUGUUGCUACCUCAACAAUGGAUUUCAGUCGUCAGCACGACAUGAUUCUAAUAACAAUUACUAUAACGACCACUUUUAUUAUUCCUUGCAUCAUUGGUGUGUAGGAGAGAACAGGCAAUGUAAACGGCACGUAAAGACUAGAUGACUGACUAUCGAGCAUAACAGGAUGACACUUUAGAAACGCUCGUAGGGCUAAAAUGGAGUACAAGUGGGGCGAGAGAGGGCUUAUAAAAAAAAAAAAGGGUUAGACUAGAAAUAAAUGAGUUAAGUAAUAUAUAUUUAAUUAAAGUGGACGACUAAGUAAGGAGAAGCGAAAAUGUUUGACGAUUGAGUGGUUGCGAUACGAAAAAAGAAGCGAUUAAGCGAGCGACUUGAAUGAAAGAGAUAGAGUCAUAAUAAAGGGCAAAAAAAACGCUAAAAUUUUGUAGGUGGUGCUGUUAUUAUUGAUGACGAAACGAUGACUCCGUGCUACGGAAACAAAGAAAAUAAACAAUCGGAAAUGAUUAUAAUGCUGAUAACGACGAUUACGGGAUGAGCAAUUAUAUAUGAUAAUAGAAUCAGAAGGAAUAGAAUUAAAAAAAUAAUGACAGAUUAAUUAAAUGCGAUCGAAAAUGGCGGUAGUUGUAUUGGGGAAACCAACUGCCAGAGUCGGCCGGGUCAAUGUUGGCUGUAUGUUUUGACGUGGUAGACUCGAAUCCCAAAUUGUGGAAAUGCUAUAUAAAAUAAGCAACCACGGCUAAAGAAGAUCGUAUCCCGAUGACAUACAUAUAUUAGUGCAAAGCAUAAAAAAUCGAGCAUGUAAAGUGUAGUUCGCCUGAAGUGGCAUUGCUCGACCAUUAGAAACAAAAAAAAAAGAAAAAACACGAAGAAAUCUGUAAGACGACCCAGAGUUAUUACCACAACUACUUUUUUUUUGUUUGAUUGUGAAAUGCUAAUGA